AUGCCGUCCGAGGCCCAAAUAUUCCAUCUAUUCCCGUCCCUACCAGCCGAGCUCCGGCUCCAGAUCUGGAGACAGAGCUGCCACGCGCGGGCCGUCGAGGUUCGCUACUCGCAAGAACACGACCGGUGCCUGACCACGGCGCGGCCGCCGGUCAUCCUGCGCGUCUGCCACGAGUCGCGGCACGAGGGCCUGCGGCUCUACGUCAAGGCCUUUGGCACCCGGGCCCACGCGGCCAACAUCUACUUCCUCCCGGCGCUGGACAUCCUCUACCUCCCGCGGUGCGGAGUCAUGGGCUACGACGACACGGCUCGGGACUUUGGCCGCUACGUGCCCGGCGGCACGGUCGAGCACGUGCGCCGCCUCGCCAUCGACCACGUGAAGCCCGAGAUCCGCCGGCCCUGGGAGACGUACAACAAGUUCUGCUUACUGCGGACGUUUCCGAGCCUGCGCGAGGCGUUCCUCGUUCUAUCUAGCCCUGGCGAUGACGAGAACGGCGGCGACGACGACAACAACAACAACAACAACAACAACAACAGCAACAGCAACAGCCAGAUCGAGAUCGAGUUUGUGGAUCCGCGGGGAGACCCGCAGGAGAUUGUGCGGCUGAUGGAUACGGUCAAAGACUCGUUCAACUUUGAGCUGGGGCCGUUCGGGUUCGGGUCGUACCAGAGCUGCAGCACCAGGGCCAGUAGCAGCACCAGCAGCAGUACCGAGAUCGGCGGUGCCGGCCACGGCCACCCCUGGAUGGUUGCGCUCGAGCUGGUCCCCAAGGCCAAGGCUGUGCGAGGACAGCUGUCCUGGCAUGACACGCCGCGCUCUCUAGUUAGUGUUUAA